AUGGAGAACAAGAAAACACGCCUCAUUGCCGUCAGCUACGUUUCGUAUUUGAAUAGCCCCCAGGUCAAUCUCUCACACUAUCCACAACUUGCUAGCUUGGUCAGAGCUAUCCUUAUCGUGGACUUCACUCAGGCUGCCGGGUAUGCGCCUAUUGAUGCAUCUGUUGCCGACUCUGCAUUCUCGGCGUGUUACAAAUGGCUCCUAGGCACGACCGCGGCUGCAAUUACGUACUGGAACCAGACAAGAAUGCGGGAUUCAAGCCCUGCCACUGGAGGGCUACAGCGGGAAGAUAUUCCUUCCUCCACGCCAGUUGAUAAGGCGCGUCACGGUGCCAGUGUGACGAUUAACUGUGUAGGAGCUUCGGAAAUUGUGGAUGAGAUGAGGAAGGAUGAUGUUUACGCGUGGAAUAGUCAAGAUAGAGUACGAAUUAGCUUUCACGGCUGCAACUGCGUCCAGAUGUCGAUCGGAUCAUGGAAGUCCUUCCGUCUUUCCUGGUCUUUGGAGGAAGUUUAA